AAAUUUAAAUAAAAACAUAAACAAAAAAUUGUUCAAGGCCUUUCCAGGACCUGAAGUACGAUUCGUACUUAAAAAUGAAUAUAUUUUUAAUAGAUAUUAUUUUAAUAUUAUUUUGUUUCGUGUGUUAUUUUGAAAGUCUUGAUGGUGACUUUGUUUUUGAUGAUAUUGUAGCGAUUGUAAAAAAUAAAGAUGUUACAACCCCUUAUCAAAGCAGUAUAUCGGACAUUUUCUAUCACGACUUUUGGGGACAAAACAUAAGUGAUUCAAAUAGCCAUAAAUCCUAUCGUCCAUUAACAACUUUAAUGUUUAGAAUAGAGUAUUCUUAUUUCAAAUUAGGAAGCUUUCAUAUGAAAUUUAUAAAUUUACUGCUUCACUGUAUAAAUACAUGUCUUGUAUACUGGAUAUUCAGAAAUGUUGCUAGAACGAAAAACAAAAAUUUAGAACUAUAUGCAGCUAUUAUAUUUGCAGUACAUCCUAUUCAUACUGAAGCUGUAUGUGGUAUUGUUGGUAGAGCUGAAUUAAUGUAUUGUUUAUGCUUUUUAAUUUCAUUACUAAUAUUUGACGCACUGGAAGAUCAAAAAAGUUUAAUGGAUAACUGGCUGAAAAUGUUCAUAUUAAUUUUCGUGUCUUUUAUGGGCCUCUUCUUUAAAGAAAAUGCAAUAACUAUUCUUCCAACUUGCAUCAUGUACGAUAUUGUGUUAAGAACAAAUUUACUUCAAGAUUUACAAAUUCGACUGCAUGUUAAAAAGAUUGUUCUAAAACGUUUUGGAAUUCUUUUAAUAAUUACAUGUUGUCAACUAUAUGGAAGACUUUAUAUUCAAAACUUCGAAAGUCCGAAAUUCAAAACAAUGGAUAAUCCUGUUGCAUUUAACGAUAAUUUUUUUACAAGGGUUUUAUCACAAAAUCAUCUUUAUGUUUUGAAUUUUUGGAUUUUAUUAAACCCCUUAUGGCUUAGUUUCGAUUGGGCUCUUGGCUCGUUGAAAUUAGUGACAUCAGUAAUGGAUAUUAGAUGUAUAACUUUUAUAAUAUUUUAUUAUUUUCUGUUUAAGUUGCUAAAAACUCACUCAAGAUUAGUUUUUAUUUCAUUAGGACUUUUAAUCAUUCCAUUCUUGCCAGCAGCAGGAAUUUUGAAAGUUGGAUUCGUAAUUGCGGAAAGAAUUUUAUAUGUUCCAUCAAUUGGGUAUUGUUUAUUGAUUGUGCAUGGGUUUAUCAAUUUAGAGCAUCAUCUUAAAAACUGUAAAAUGAUACUAAAAAUUUUUGGAUUGUUUAUAUUGAUUGUGCUAAUAAUCAGAACACGUCAAAGAGCAGCCGAAUGGAUGACUGAAAAUACUCUUUUUGUUUCAGGCUUAAAAGUUUGUCCAGAUAACGCCAAAAUACACUACAACGUGGCAAAGGUAGCUGCUGAUCAAAAUAAUCGCAAAAUAGCUUUGAAACAUUAUCACAAAGCAAUAUCUCUUUAUCCGGAAUAUGAAUCUGCUUUAAUGAAUUUAGGAAAUUUAUAUAGAGAAAUUGGUGAUUAUGAUGCUGCAGAAAAAUAUUUAAAAAAAUCUAUAGAGAUUUUAGAAGAAUUUCCGCAAGCAUGGAUGAAUUUAGGAAUAGUAUAUCAUCACAAAAAGAAAUAUAAUAUUGCCCUUGAAUGCUAUGAAAACGCGUUAAAAUAUAGAAAUCGUUAUCCGACCUGUUUGUACAAUAUGGGAAAUAUGUUUUUAGAACAACAAAAGUAUUCUGAAGCAUUGAAAUAUUGGCAAGAGUCGCUUUUUCUUAAUCCAUUGCAAUCAAAAGCUUGGGUAAAUAUGUUAACUCUUCUUGAUAAUCGAAAAUUAUACGAAGAUGCCUUAAGAACAUCCGAUCGGGCAUUAAGCUUCUUGCCUAAUGAUACAUCAAUUAUGUUUAUUAGAGCAAAUGUUGAAGGAAAACUGGGAAAUUAUAUUGAAGCAGAACAACACUAUUUGAAAGUAAUAAGUACCAAUCCCAGUAACGCCUUAUAUCAUGUUAAUUUAGGUGUUUUGUACCACCGUUGGAAAAAAUAUGAUUUAGCUGGAAAAAGUUAUAAAAAAGCUUUAUCUUUAGACCCAGAUCUCAAAAGCGCAAAAGUCAAUUUAGUGAAACUACUAACAGCCAAGCAAAAAGAAGACUGAAUAAACAAUUCUACAACAACUUGUUUUAUUAAAUUAAAAGAAUAAUGCUUAGAUACAGCGCAAGCAUAGAGAGCAAUGUUAAGGAAUAGGUAGAGUAAUAUGGAAAUUUAUUAACAAAUAUUUAAUCGAAAAUAUGUACAUUAAGAUAUUUAACGGAGAAAAAUAAAUAGCAAAA